AUGUGGGCGAGCACGCACAACGGCACGCUCGCCGGCAAGAUGUCCGCCGUGGUGGACGCCCUCCACGCGUGCCAGCAGGCGCCGGCCAACGGCGGCACCGGCUACCUCUCCGCCUUCCCCGCCGAGUUCUUCGACCGCUUCGAGGCCAUCCAGCCCGUCUGGGCUCCCUACUACACCAUCCACAAGAUCAUGCAGGGCCUCCUGGACCAGUACACGGUGGCUGGCAACGGCAAGGCCCUGGCCAUGGUGGUGGCCAUGGCCGGCUACUUCGGCGAGCGCGUGAGGAGCGUGAUACAGCGGCACAGCAUCGAGCGGCACUGGACGUCGCUCAACGAGGAGACCGGCGGCAUGAACGACGUGCUCUACCAGCUCUACGCCAUCACGGCUGACAGUCUCUCGGACUUCCACGCCAACACGCAUAUUCCGAUCGUCGUCGGCGGGCAAAUGAGAUACGAGGUUACCGGUGAUCCUCUCUACAAGGAAAUCGCAACAUUCUUCAUGGACGUGGUAAACUCUUCUCACACCUACGCAACCGGCGGCACGUCCGUCAGUGAAUUCUGGUUCGAUCCGAAGCGUUUAGCCGAGACCCUGACCACCGAGAACGAGGAGUCCUGCACUACAUACAACAUGCUCAAGGUAUCUCGCCACCUCUUCAGAUGGACCAAAGAGAUCGCGUACGCGGACUACUACGAGCGCGCGCUGAUAAACGGCGUCCUGAGCAUCCAGAGAGGGAGGGACCCCGGUGUCAUGAUCUACAUGCUGCCCCAGGGCCCCGGAAGAUCGAAGGCGGUGAGCUACCAUGGCUGGGGGACGCAGUAUGAUUCCUUCUGGUGCUGCUAUGGGACUGGGAUAGAGUCAUUUUCCAAGCUUGGCGACUCCAUCUACUUUGAGGAGAAAGGCGGCAAACCGGCGCUAUAUAUCGUUCAGUACAUACCGAGCACGUUCAAUUGGAGAUCUGUAGGCCUUACUGUCACUCAGCAAGUGAAGCCCCUCAGCUCAUCUGAUCAGAAUCUUCAGGUUUCGCUCUCCAUAUCGGCGAAGACGAACGGUCAGUACGCGACGGUGAAUGUGAGAAUUCCGUCGUGGGCAUCUGCGAAUGGUGCGCAAGCAACUUUGAAUGACAAAGAUUUGCAAAUGGCAUCUCCAGGAACCUUCCUCUCAGUCACCAAGCAGUGGGGGAGUGGUGGUCACCUCACACUCCAGCUGCCUAUUAGCCUGAGGACAGAAGCUAUAAAAGAUGAUCGGCCGGAGUAUGCGACUCUCCAAGCAGUCCUCUUCGGGCCAUUCCUCCUCGCCGGCCUCACGACCGGAGACUGGGACGCGAAGGCCGGCGGCGCCGCCAUCUCGGAAUGGAUCACCCCUGUCCCGGCAUCGUACAACUCCCAGCUGGUGACGCUCACGCAGGAAUCCGGCGGCAGCACCUUGGUCCUCUCCCUCCUGUCGACCGCGAAAGGCACCUCCGUGACGAUGCAGCCGCGGCCCGAGGGCGGCGGGACCGACGCCGCCGUGCACGCCACGUUCCGUCUGGUCACCCAGGGGCAGGGCGCCCCGCCGACGGGCGAGCGGCGCCCCGCCACCAACGGCACUGCCGCCACGGCGACGCCCGCCUCCGCGCUGAUCGAGCCGUUCGACAUGCCGGGAAUGGCGGUCACCAACAACCUGACGCUGUCGGCGGAGAAGGGCCCGAGCUCUCUGUUCAACGUCGUUCCCGGGCUCGACGGGGCGCCCGGGUCGGUCUCCCUCGAGCUCGCGGCCAGGCCGGGGUGCUUCCUGAUCACCGCCGGCGCAAAGGCGAAUGUUCAGGUCGGCUGCGGCGGCGGCACGGGGUUUUCCCCGCAGGCGGCGAGCUUCGCGCGGGCCGAGCCGCUGCGGCGGUACCAUCCGAUCAGCUUCGCCGCCAAGGGGGCGCGGAGGGGCUUCCUCCUGGAGCCAUUGUUCACGCUGAGGGACGAGUUCUACACCGUCUACUUCAACGUCGGCGCCUGA